AUGCGUUCAAAUUUGUUCCCCAUGCGCAUCCUCUCUGCCGUUGUAUUAAGCGCUGCGUUCCUUGCAUCUGCGCAUAUGACAGAAACCCAGGAUGUAAACUCACCAGCCUCACAAUCUGCCCCCGCAGUGCUCACGCAGUCGCUGGAAACAACGAUAUCGACAGCGCCACCGACGAACACACGCUGCACUCCGCGAAGUUCCACCACGACAUACAAGCAGCACAAAGAUGUCCUGAGGGACUCACACAAUGCCUCCAAGACUGCAACCGGUUCGACCCUACCAGCCAUCAAGACGGCGAGACGGGUGCGUGGCUCGGGUGCCGUGCCUCCUGUAGCUUGCUCUGCACCCCAGAGCGAGGGGGCUGCUACAAAGGGUACUGCUGGGCCGGAUGCGCGACCGGAUUCCCCCUCUUUGAGGGAUAUGAGUGGUGCUACACGACGAAGAGCUACAGCCAGAGCUAUCAGUAUGUUACGUGCCGCAGCGAUGCUGAGUGUAAUGUCACUUGGAAGUGCGCGGGGCCGUGCGCCGCGUUUUAAAAGAAUAAUUGGGUAA